AUGAAAAGCCCAGUAGAUGUGAUGCUGAUUCCUCAUCGUGGUUUCAAGACGGAAAGAAGGAGCAAAGGAGAUCCUGGUGCCUAUACCGAGAAGGAACAUGCUCCAACGUUUACUAGUCGUCUACGACUCAGCAAUGUUGGUGGUUCAAAGACAAAAGAAGCUGAUGUUUCUCGUACGCUGCUUGAUGCUGAGAAGAAUCCGCGACUGAAAAGCUUGCUGCAUGUGGAAAAUUUGUCAACUGACGAGCAGCAUCGUUUGAAGAUAGCCUUUGCUGAGGGGUACUUGGCUGCUGAGCCAGGAAAAACACAGAGCCGUUCAUAUAGGAUCUUGAAGGCUGUUCAGAAUGUCUUGGCAAUUAUUGUGUUUUUAGCCAUCCUCUUCUCUGUUAUGGGUGAGUGGUGCCAGACCUUAGUCUGGCACUACCUACCACUUAGUCAAAUCAAUAACAUCAGUCAGCUUCUUAAUGACCUUCAUCGCCCCCCUGUAGGAACCAUGAGUGGAGGCAUUCUUCGCUAUCAGGUUGAUGAGGCCAAACAGGAGUUGAAGGAUGUAGUGGAAUUCCUUAGGAAUCCUGAAAAAUUUGCUACUCUUGGUGGGAAGCUUCCUAAAGGUGUGCUGCUGGUGGGUCCUCCAGGGACAGGAAAGACCCUUCUAGCAAGGGCAGUUGCAGGAGAGGCAGGAGUCCCUUUCUUUCAUGCAGCUGGCCCAGAGUUUGAUGAGAUCCUGGUGGGGCAGGGUGCACGUCGAGUUCGAGACUUAUUUCGUGCUGCAAAGGCGAGAUCUCCAUGUGUUGUCUUUAUUGAUGAAAUCGACUCGGUUGGUGCCAAGCGUACGAACUCCAUCUUACAUCCUUAUGCUAAUCAGACCAUCAAUCAACUUCUGUCUGAAAUGGAUGGAUUCCACCAGAAUGAGGGUGUGAUUGUGUUGGGAGCAACAAAUCGCAGAGAAGAUCUUGACAGGGCCUUAUUGAGGCCAGGACGAUUUGAUGUUGAAGUUCAGGUGCAGGUACCAGACUUCACUGGUCGCAAGGAUAUUCUGGAGUAUUACCUGGGGAAGGUGAAAUAUGGACCAGACGUUGACAUUGAUAAGUUGGCUCGUGGGACCACAGGUUUCACUGGUGCAGACAUUGAGAACCUUGUCAAUCAGGCUGCCCUUCAUGCUGCCAUGGAAGCUGCUGUUCAUGUCAUGCAAAAACAUCUGGAAUUUGCCCGGGAUAAAGUCCUGAUGGGACCAGAACGAAGGAGCCGAAUCCCAGAUGAAGAGGCAAAUCUUGUCACAGCUUACCAUGAAGGUGGUCAUGCACUUGUUGCAUUUUUUACAAAGGAUGCUCAGCGUAUUCAUAAGGUCACCAUAAUUCCCCGGGGACCCUCCCUUGGCCAUACAUCAUACAUCCCAGAGAAGGAGAGAUACCAUGUGACACAAAGUCAGCUUGUGGCCAUGAUGGACACUUUAAUGGGUGGCCGUGCAGCAGAAGAGCUCAUUUUUGGAUAUGACAAGAUCACAUCAGGAGCAUCCUCUGACUUGAAGCAGGCAACUGCCAUUGCUUCUCAUAUGGUAAAAGAACUUGGAAUGUCAGAAAAAGCUGGGUUGCGCACCUAUGAUGAACCAAAAAAUGCCAUCAUUGUCACAUCUGAAAUGAGUAGUUCCUCAGCUGAAGUAGUUGACUCCGAGAUCAAACGCAUCCUUCAGGAAUCAUAUGACAGAGCCAAGGCAAUUCUGAAACAGCAUUCCAAAGAGCACAAGCUGUUGGCUGAAGCCCUCCUCAAGUAUGAGACAUUGGACAUAGAAGAUGUGAAAGUGAUCAUGCAGGGUCGAAUGCCUGUACUCCUCAAUUUUCUUAUCAUCAAUGCCAUCCACAGCAACACUUCUCCACAGCUUCUGAAAUUCCUCAUCAACCGCAAAGUCAGCAGAGCGGAAGAGGAAAGUCAUCAGCAGUCUCCUAGAGAUCCUGAUGAUGUGGAGAUGAAGUCUGCCAGUGAGAAAGCUGAUAGCUCAGAUGAUGGAGGGAGUGAGAAGGGCAAGGAGUCAGAUUCAGGAGAAGAGAGUUCAGGUGAGGAAGGGAGCAAGAAGGGUAGUGACACUGAAGUCAAAUCUGUCAGCGAGAAGGGAACAUCAUCAGGAGAUGAAAGAGAUUCUCCAAGACCUGCAGAUAGUUCCUCAGAGGAAGAAAAGGGAUCAGACCAGGAGAAAAGUCCCAAAAAAACUCAGUCUGGGAGUGAGGAUGAAGAUGAGAGAAGUCCAAAGGGCACUCCAGAUAAAUCCCCAAAGGCCAGACAUGAUGACCGCAAAUGGCAGGUGAUGGACAAGAAAGAUUCAUCAGAUGAAGAGUUCACUCAGAAGAUAAAAAUGUCUUACAUAAGCUCUGAAGAUGAAAAGAGUGAACAAGAAGCAAAAGAUGAAGAACCUAGUAAGAAAGAAGAAACUGGCUCAGACAAGGACGAUAAAGAAAAAGAUGGAGAGAUGGAGGAAGCUCUUUUUGGUGAUGCAAAAGAUAUCAGUUCUGAAGAAGAGAAAGAGGAAGAUGCCAAAGGGGAAGCUCAGGGAGAGGAAGCUGAACAGGAAGAGGAGGAGGAGACCACUGAAGCUCGCAUCAAUGUUGAGAUUCCAAAAAUCUCCACAGAUCUAGGGCGAGAACUUUUUUUUGUCCGUCUACCCAAUUUCUUGUCAGUAGAACCAAGGACAUAUGAUCAUGAGACAUAUGAAGAUGAGAUUGAUGAUGAAGAAACCUUGGAUGAAGAGGGAAGGGCACGGCUGAAACUGAAGGUGGAGAACACAAUACGGUGGCGUUUGGAAUUUGACAAGGAGGGCAAUGCCAUCAAGGAAAGUAAUGCACGUCUUGUGCGUUGGUCAGAUGGUUCCCUGUCUCUUCACCUUGGCAGUGAAAUAUUUGAUGUCUACAAGCAACCCCUCCAGGGUGACCACAAUCACCUGUAUGUGAGACAAGGCACUGGUCUUCAGGGUCAGGCUGUGUUCAAAGAGAAAUUAUCAAUGAGGCCACAUUCCACUGAAUCUUUCACCCAUCGGAAGAUGACUCGUUCCCUUGCUGAUCGCUCAGCCAAGACCCAGAGGGUUAAAGUUCUCAGUCAGGUUGGCUCCAACCCUGAAGCCAACCGAGAGGAUCUCAUUAAGAAGGCAGAAUGCCAAUCUACUCUUCAGAGGAAGACGAAAGUGACAUUGAGGAAGGCAAAAGGCCUCUACGUAAACAUCGAGUGCGGGAAAGCGAGAGCUCUGAGGAGGAAGAAGGCGGAAAGACUGAAGAACAGAAAUCGCCCUCCAAUAAAAGUGGUUCUGGAAGUGGCAGUGGAUCUGGAUCAAGGAGUGGAAGCACUAGUGGGAGUGGCAGUGACAGUCACAGUGACAGUGACUGAAACUGGAAUAUCCCAGCUGCACGCAAAUCUAUUCACUCAACUGUCGAACAUCACGUUGGCUACAGUGAAUCUGGAUGUUAGAAUCAGGGCUGUCACGAUGAUACGGUGA